AUGGAGGAUGGAGAUAUUAAUUUAUCUCCACUACCUAAAAGAGCUAACGAUAAUAAUAAUAAUCAAAGUGAUAGGAUAACGAUUGAUAAUGAACAUGCGCCAUCACCUUUGAAUCAAACUAUCAACAUUAUUCCACCACCACCACAAAACAUGGUAAUUGAUAUACCUACAACAAACGAUAUUAUAAUAGAUAAAAAUAUACAACAAUCACCUUUAAAUCAAACAAGCAAUAAUAUUCCACCACCUCCAACAUCACCACUGUCACCUCCAACAACAUUAUUAAUGGAGACGCCAAUAACCAUACCAACAAACAACAAUGAAAAUUCAAAUAUUGAAUUGGAUCCAAUUGGUGAAAUGAAAGCAGUAGAGAUUAGUAUUGCAGAAGAACAAAGACAAUCAAUUAGUAAAGAUAAGAGAAAGAGUUUCAAACGUAUAAUGAAUGUGUUUGGUUUGGUUUCAAGAGAAAAGUUGGAGACUAUGGACGAUGGUACUAUUCUUAAGAAGAGUUUACCUCUGAGUAGAUCCACUGCACUGGAGAAGGACCUGUUCACAAAGAAGAUGGGAAAGAAACAGAUAUUGGCAACUGCUAUUCCUUUGCCCAGUGAGAAGGAGAUCAAACACUGGGAGAAUAAACUGACCGAUCAAAUCAAUCGGUUGACUACUCUGCUUGCAGAGUGUCGACAGGAGCGAUGGAAUGCUCCACUGAUCUCGUCAUACGAGAAACUUUUAUCGCUCCUUGAGAUGAACCAAAAGCAGUUGAUCUCCAUCAAGUUGUCGGUGAAUCACGGAUUCAGUGUAAUGGCGCGUCAAGAGGUGAUCUUUCCGGUGUUGCCAUUCUUGGAUUCCAUUAUCGAAGAGGUAUUCCUUCAGAUUGGUCUUAUCAUUCAUAUUCUGGUGCAUCGUAUCAAGAAGGAGAACAAUGCGAAUCAGGCCGACCAGCUCUACACAACGAUAUUGCAGCAGUCAUUUGAAGAGACCGAAGCAUUGGUCGAAGAAUGUCGUAAUACCUACAAGAAGAUCGUCAAAGAAUAUCAACGAACCAAUCUGCCUGCAUUGCGAGCAACCGAGAUUACCAAAGUUCACUUUUUCAUCUUUGCGGUUGCUCUCACCUCUGCGGUUGCACCGUUCUACUAUUACGAGGGUAGAAGUUAUCAUGAACUGGUGAUACAUGGUAUUUGGGUGUGUGCCACCGUUAUCCUGGUGAUGUCUCCGACGCUGGGUGCGACAAUCACUCGUGGAUUCCAUCGUAUCGUGGGAACAAUUAUCGGUGCCAUUCUCGGAUUCUUUAUAUCGUGGCUUGUACAUGUCGUACCUCAGCCAGCGAAGCAGUUUAUUCUCAUAAUAACAACGUUUGUUUUUGUAUUUAUCGCAUCGUUUGUUCAGCAAGACGUUCGUUUCUCAUAUGCCGGUGCAGUGGCGGCACUCACUUUUAUGAUUAUUUCAUUCGGGAGUUACUUGGCUCCCACUUUUACAUACACGAUGGCGGUGGAGCGUGCAUUCAAUAUUUCACUUGGUAUCGUCUGGGUUUUGAUUAUCUCAGUGGUACUGUUCCCCUAUUUUACAUAUAAAAACUCGCGUCUCAAGUUCUUCGAUGCCACUUCCACGAUGGCCAAUACGUUCAUCAAGAUCGUCGAGUUGGGAUUACCAACCAAUAGCGACCAAUUAGCGAAUCGUGCGAAAAUCAAGGGUGAAAUCACCGGUUCUCUCCGUCAGAUAAGAGUUAUCAUGGCAACACAAAAGAGUCUGUUGUUUGACAUUCGAUCGGAGCUGGCGUUGCAGCCAAAGAAAUCGUCUUCACAUUACUUCAAGCUGAUUGGCGAUCUCUCGAAACUCUAUACGCGACUGGUUGCCUUUGACAAUGCAUUCGAUUAUCAAUUCAGCGAGGCGAUGGUCGAAGCGAUGGCACCGAUUCAGCAAUCGAUACACGAUCUAAACGAAACUCUGAUUCUCUCGAUUGAUGAUUUGCGUGCUUUGAUGCACGACCAAGAGCGCACCCUCGAGCGUGGAACCUCAAGGUCACUGACAGACUGUCUAACGGAACUUGACAAUUCUUUCCAGGCAGUCAGACGAGAUCUCCUUCAGAAGAAGACUCUUUUUAACUUGCAUCCAGAGAUGAUUCAAUUUGGUUCUGGAAUGUAUUCACUCAGAGAUUUCAUUAAGCAUUUCAUUGUUGUACUUAAAGAUUUCGAGAUGAUCAAAAGAGAUCAAUUCCAACAACAACAUGGUAGCAUCAAAAAACCAUUUAUAAAUAGACUUUGUGAUUGUUAA